AUGACUACGCUCGCAGCAAACGACCAGGAGAACGCCGUCCGCCAUCUGCACGCCGCCGCUGCAGGAAAGUCGCUCAAUGCCGGCCUCAAGGGCUUCAACGCCAAAACACCCGGAAACAAAGCCCCCAAGACGCCAUUCAAGAUCCCUCUCAACGACGAAAAUGCCGUCGGCAGAGCAGGAAACACCAAGGGCAAGGGCAAUGACCUCUUUACCACCAAGACGGGCGGCAAGAUAGAUGCAAAUGCCUUUGUUACGCCAGCCGGUCCACGAACUCGCGCGCCGCUGGGCAUGAAGACGACCAACGCCAAGUCUAGGGCCUUCGCAACUCCAGCGCCUCUUUCUUCCGCUGGGAAGACACAGAAACUGAGCCCUCGCAUGCGCCGACCCAAAGUCAAGAUCCACCAGCCUGAAGUCGCCCAAGAGGACGAAGAUGACGUGCCUGAGGUUGAAUACAUGCCCCCCAAGGAGAUUCCGCUCCAAGAUGACAUGGACGAAUUCCUUCCCAAGGACUGGACCUUGCCCAAGAUCACCAACCAGGACAUGGUCCGCGGUAUCUGGCAAGCCUACCACAACCCAAUCGAGGACGACGGAAGGACCCGCGAGCAGCGCAAGUUUGAGGAGGAGAUACAGCAGGGUCGAAAAAAGCGUGAUGAGCAAAUGGAGAAGGUGCUCGCUGCCCAGAUGGCAAAGGACGAUGCUGAGACAAAGGAAUACUAUGGUAUCAAGGAGCCAAAGAAGGAGGCGCCCAAGGCACCCGCUGCGCUCAGGACGAGAACGACUGGACCAUCGACUAUGCGAGCCAGAUCUGCAGCUGCCGCUCUCUCUCCGCCAUCGAAGCCCAGCUAUGCUGCUCCAACCGCAGCUGCAAAGUCGCGUGUGCCCACUGGACUAGUCGCAAGCCGGAAGGGAGCAAAGACUCCUACCCAGCUCACAGCAUCUCGCCAAGCAUCCGCUGCAGCAGCUUCCAAGAGCACCAUCGGCUACGCUCAAGGCCGCGCCGGACGCGCUGCUCCAGCUGCUCGAAAGCCUCUCUCCAACGUUACCAAGCCAGCUCCUUUCUCCGCUGCUUCCCGACCUGCCUCCUCCACCCACAUCCGCAGUGCGAGCACCAAAACGGGUACCAUGCGAUCUCGUGGUCCCAUGUCUCGUUGCAGCUCUACCGCCACCGACGCUACACUCAUCACACCUCCAGAGGAGGAGGAGGAGGAGGAGGAGGAGGAGGAGCCGCGCCGCACAGCCGAGGAUGUUGAGCGUGAGCUGGAGCUAUUGCUUCUCUCCCGCUCAGACGACGAGGACGAUGAUGCGUGGAUGAAUAGCUUCAACACCCAACUACAUGGUGCGGAUCCUCUCGAGGAAGAUCAUGAGAACUUCCAGCUCCAGCUCCCUGAAGGACUUUAG